AUGACUCUGCCAUACAUGGAGAAUGUUGAAAUUGAAACACUUAUCGAUCAAAGGACCGCUGCUCUGGUGCGGCAACUAGACACCAACUCAGAUCUCGGCGCGAGAAAUACCGGUGUGAGAGGACAAAUGGCUGUUCAAUUCUUUGAGAAGAAACGAAGGAAGGCUUGGUUUACGAAAGGAGAGGAAGAGGUAUGUUGGGAACAGUGGACUUUGGAUGUUACAUUGGCGACUCCGCGAACAGAAAGUGAACGAGCAAAGGUCAGAAGUGCGAUGGAAGCUAUGUUACUGAAAGCCGCAAUGAAGAUUGUGACAACGGUUAACAUGGAGAAAGAUCAUAUCCCGCCUAUUACUACGAACGAGGCAAACCCUUUUCCUUAUCAGAUUAUAAUAAACCCAAGAGGAGAUAGCUGGGGAGCCCGUAUGAGUAUAUUUUGA